AUGGCGCGAUCGACUAAAUCGCUUACGGCUCUAGCGUCGGCCGCCGACCCACCAUCCGCGGCCGCCUUGGCGGAACACAAGGACGAUCUCGAUUACCAACCAGAAGACAACAUUGAAGUCUUUGAGAUCUUUGUCUCAUUCGUCAGAAUGCUUCUCAGUCAUGAUACUAUCCUCGAUGUGUGA